AUGUCUGCAAUUGUCACCGCGCUCGGCCUACGCUCCAAUGGCAUUACGCCCGUCCCAUGUCAGGCUCCCUACCACGCCAUCUUCAACUUCAUCCUUGCCUACGUCUUACUCUCGUCGCGCCUGCUCAAGAAAAUUUAUGGGAUCGAUCACAACGUCAACCCUCGAGAAGACGUGGCUCGGUUUGGAGAAAAGGCUGUGCAGGAUGGCAAAAUCACCCGGAAACAACUCAACUUGUUGAAGCGCAACGAAGCCGCCCACGCCAACUCUGUUGAACACUUUCCCAUGUUUAUUGGCAGUGUACUCUUCGCAGUUGUCUCGAGCGUCGGCAACGAGACCAUCAAUCGUGCAUGUGUCAUUUACUCAGUGGCCAGGAUAGUCUAUGCGGUGGUAUAUUUGACGGUGGACACCGAGCAAUUAUCGUACACCAGGAGUCUAACCUGGUGGACGAGCAACAUCAGCUGUCUAUACUUGUUGUGGCAAAGUGGCAAGGCAUUGAACGCUGGAAUUGCGUGA